AUGGAGAACCUUCCCGCAUGCAUCCUGGGGAACAUACUUGAUCGGUUACCAAUUGAGACAGCUUUACAAGCAAAACGGGUUUGCAAAACAUGGAAAAUGAUCCUCCACUGUAAGACUGAUAAGAUAGGUUUGCUUUUGAUUCUGUCAUACCAUUCUGAUGGUGAAAAGAAAAACGAACUUUUCUAUGGUGAUUACAACCGUGGGAAGCUGAUCUGCAGAUACCGUUACGAUGCAAUUGAUGGUAUGGAAGAUGAAAAAUCAAUUAUGGGGAACAAUUACGUGGAUGGCAUGCUAGGGUCAUGCAAUGGUUUGGUUUGUUUCCAAAGACGCCAAGAUCAUUGUUUCGGACAACCUUUCUUAGUCUGCAACCCCUUAACAGGAGAAAUUGUUUAUGUUCGUCCUUAUACAAAUACAGCGGCAACAUCACAGAUAAGAGGGUUCGGUUAUUGUCAUACCACAAACGAGUACAAGAUUGUUAGAAUGUACAUGGACUGCUAUGACACUAGGAAGUACUAUUUGGACUGCAAAGACCCAAACAAUUACACCGUCCAAGUUUAUACUGUUGGUGGUGGUAUCUGGAGAAACAAACAGUCCAUCAAUUUUGAAAAAAUAGCAAAAAAAGAAUCCAUCCAUAUUUCUCCAGAGUAUGCAGCAGGUAUCUACGCGAAUGGAGCUAUUCAUUGGCUGCACCGACGUAUUAGUUACCUGGAGUACGAAGACUAUACAACUGCGGUAGAUUAUAAGAUAACAGCCUUCGACUUAGAAAAUGAGAAUUUCCAGAUUAUCCCAUUGCCACAUCUUAAAGAUGUCAAAUACAAACAUCCGGUCGAGUUGCUGGGAGGGAGUAAUCUAUAUUAG